UGUAAUCAGAAACCAAAAUCUCCAUGGCCCAAUUUCCACUCUAAACUACCUCAAAAACCAAGAAAAAAACACAAUUGCACAACACGCAAAAACAAGACCAAGAACAAAUUUCACACACAUGCGAGAAACCUCUCUCUCUCAUUCUUCUGCUUUUCUCUUCCUCUCUCUCUCUCUCUCUUCACAUGACGAGCUUUCUCUCACCUCCUUCUUAAACCAGCAGCUAUUACAUUUCAGGCCUCUAAUCCGAGAACGUGUUUUGUUUUUGGUUGUUGUUUUCUUUGUUUGUAAUUUGAUUGAUGUUUACCAAUUAUGCGAUUUAUGAUUAUGCCCAUUUCGGAACUGGAACUGGGUAGUCUGAUAAAUGAUUUUGCAAUCCUCCGCUUCUGCGAGCUUGGACUUCUCGCUUCGCUUCUGCCCCUGUGGACGGAAUCCCCACGAACAGCAACAAAUAAGAACAACAUCCCAUAAUACUUUCAAACCCAGAAAGCACCUUCUCAUUACCGGUUUCUCGCACAGGAACUUCAGGAGAAAAUGGGGUUUCCAUUUCCAAACCCGCGCCGUUUCCUCCGACCGCCCCAACCCCAGCAAUUUGAGCCUGAAAAUCGCGAAAUCCGCCCGAAAAGGCGCGAAAGCUUUGGUGGUCAAGCAAUUCUCCGAUGAAUUGGACGGUGAGGAUUUGUCCCGAGAGUCGACGAUUCAAAUGGGGUCGAACUUCGCCAACUUCCAGCAAGACCCCAUUGUGGAUAAGCUCAGGACUCAGCUCGGCGUCAUCCACCCGAUUCCGUCGCCGCCGCUGAACCGGAACGUCGCCGGAUUGUUCGUCUUCUUCUUCUUCGUCGGCGUUGUGUUCGACAAGCUUUGGAUGUCGAGGAAGAGGAGCAAAACGGAGGGGGGUCGGAUUGGGCAGGCUUGGCCUCAGGUGCCGACGAGCUUUUCGCUGUUUCUGGAGAAGGAUUUGCAGAGGAAAGAAUCGGUUGAGUGGGUGAACAUGGUGUUGGGGAAGUUAUGGAAGGUUUAUAGACGUGGGAUUGAGAAUUGGAUAAUUGGGUUGCUUCAACCGGUGAUUGAUAAUCUGAAGAAGCCUGAUUAUGUUCAGAGAGUUGAGAUUAAGCAGUUCUCUUUAGGGGAUGAGCCUUUGUCUGUUAGGAAUGUGGAGAGAAGGACAUCUCGCCGUGUCAAUGAUUUACAGUAUCAAAUAGGUCUUCGUUACACUGGUGGUGCACGUAUGCUGCUAAUGCUCUCACUAAAAUUUGGGAUUAUACCAAUUGUUGUGCCAGUUGGUGUUCGAGACUUUGAUAUUGAUGGGGAACUUUGGGUCAAGUUACGAUUGAUACCAACAGAGCCUUUUGUAGGAGCUGUUUCGUGGGCUUUUGUUGCACUUCCAAAAAUCAAAUUUGAGUUGUCACCAUUCCGUUUGUUCAAUUUAAUGGCGAUUCCUGUUCUUUCAAUGUUUUUGACAAAACUUCUCACUGAGGAUUUGCCUCGCCUAUUCGUACGCCCUAAGAAGAUUGUUUUAGAUUUUCAAAAAGUUAAAGCUGUUGGCCCAGAUGCAACUGAUCUAAAAUCAGGAGAGCAAGAAGGAAACAAGGACUUUGUUGGAGAGCUAUCGGUGACCCUUGUUGAUGCCCGGAAGCUUUCUUAUUUUCUCUAUGGAAAGACAGAUCCGUAUGUUGUUCUAAGCCUAGGAGAUCAAGUUAUACGUAGUAAAAAGAACAGCCAAACAACUAUCAUUGGCCCCCCUGGUGAGCCAAUUUGGAACCAGGAUUUUCAUAUGCUAGUUGCAAAUCCUAGAAAGCAAAAGUUAUACAUCCAAGUGAAGGAUUCUCUUGGAUUUGCAGAUUUAACCAUUGGCACAGGAGAGGUUGAUCUUGGAUCGCUUCAAGACACUGUACCAACAGACAGGAUUGUGGUCUUACGAGGCGGCUGGGGACUGUUUAGAAAGGGUUCUUCUGGAGAAAUACUACUUCGAUUGACAUAUAAAGCAUAUGUUGAGGAUGAAGAGGAUGAAAGAACUGGUUUGGAAUCUAUUGAUACAGAUGCUUCAGAUUCAGACGACGAGUUUGCUGAGUCUUAUGAACCAAAUGUUUCUUUUGUAAAAGAUCAAACAAAGUAUGCUAAAGAAACUGAUAAAGAAUCAUUUAUGGACGUUCUAGCUGCUUUAAUUGUGAGCGAAGAAUUUUUAGGAAUAGUGGCAUCUGAGACGGGAAGUAGCAAAAUUUUGAAUGACAUUCCAAGUACGGGGACAACGUUACCAAGAUCGCGUGCUGUUGAUGUCAAAUCAGUGUCCCUUGAUCCCACUAAUAGUUCAGAAGUUUCACCAGGAGCGGCUUUAUUUUGGCUUGCUGUUGUUACGAGCGUAUCAGUACUAAUUGCACUCAACAUUGGCGGUCCAAGCAUCUUCAAUCCUUGAAAUUUCACACUUGAGCUUGAGAAGAACUGGUUUUUGGUGCUUCUGUUCGAUCAAGCUUGAAAACAAUCCAUUAAGUAUAUAUCUCAGAAGGUGGACUCCCCAAGAGAAAUGGUUUUACACUGAGCUAAUGAGCCAUACAAUGGGCAUUCUUGUAAAUUUGUAGUGUUCUAGCAGAGGAAUGUUCUGUUGGCGGCAGAAAAUUUUUGCUUCCCAUGUGAGUUAUAUGUAUUCUCAGUUUUUGUUCACAAAAAUCUCUUUUUUUUUGGGUUUGGGGAGAGGGGGCUUACAGUUCCUAUAAAUGAAUUCAUUUUAGGAGCU